AUCCUUUUUCUUGUUCUCGCUACCCGUCGCCCUUCAUCCUCCCCUUCCUCCCCAGAAACAAGUUCCCAUAGCCCUCAGGUGCGUGACACGUCUCCUACACGUCGCGACACCUGCCAUACUUUAGGUAUCUUCUUGUCGCCACUCGCCUAUCACACACUGAUCCUGCUCUGCCAGCCUCGUCCAGGCCCAAUCCCAUUGCCCAUCAGAGGCUCCUAUAUCUUUCCAAGCUUCCAGACGUACGCGUCGUCCAGGCCCAAGCCGUCUUCUCAUCAGCUGCCCGGAAGACGUUCCAGCUCCAUAUAUUCUUCCGACCUCCGAUACGCUCUUGCCCCUCAUCAAUCAGAGGCUUGACGGGCGUCGCCAUGGCCACGGUCCCUCAAUACUUCAGGGACCUUUAUCCAACACCCUGCGGGAAUGCACCGGCUCUCCACACAAUACAGGCUCAGCUCAGCGAGAUCGAUGACAAUCCUUACGAACAUAGAGUGCAGAAUCUAUGGGACUAUCUGGCUGCGGAAUUUACCUUUUCUUUGAAGCCCCCGGAGCCCUUUUCCCAGCAUACCAAAAAAUGAGGACAUUAUGGUUCCUAUCCGCACUUCCCUCUCGAGCGCAUCCGCUACAAGAUUCCGCGGGGCACUCGCUCGUAUAGUGGGAGCUCGUUCUGUGAUGAGUAUACGAGGUGGAGGAGCGAAUACGGAGUCAAGGACAGCGAGGAACAUUGCAAACCAGAUCUAGUGUUUGCUGCCUCGCGCGGGUUUAAGCAAAGUAUCAAACACGACAAAAAACGCCAUAAACCAAAUGAGCCCAAACCACCUCCAUCCCAGUUCCAGUCCGACCAAACCCACCAUUCCAAGGGGUCCAUUUUCUAUCGGGCUUUCAAACUUGAGUCCGACGAGUAUCUGGAUUUGAUCCUGUCCUUGGUGUUUGAAUUCAAGGAGCCAGAGAUACUUCCUCCCGAGCCUUUCCUCCAGGAAGUUGCGUAUCUCAUCGGAAGCUAUGACGCAUGUGGCUGCUAUCUCGGUGGGUUUGCUGUGGGGAAGAAGUUCAGUUGCAUGAUUGUCAUCGACAAGGAUACCAUUCUGCUUGAGGUUCCCGACGACACGCCUUUGACAACCCAUGGGAUUGAUGACAUGAUGGACUUCCUGGCCGAAAAUUUCUCCUUCCCCCAUGAGUUCGGCAAUGACACGGAGACCUUGGACUUCAUCUGGCGGUAUUUCGAUCUCGCUUGGGAUGCUAUCAAAGAUUUGCCCCUCCACAGACGGUUGCAGCCGGUUCCGAAACCACCGUGGCUGUCGCGGGAGGAUGUUCAGGAGAAGUUGGAGAUACCCCUGGUUGGAUUGGGGGGUAUAAACACGAGAUUGGCGGCCUUUUUGGAGUAUGCGCACGGAUUGGAAACAGAAACGGCAACACAGUCUCAGGAAGUCACCACCCCCUCUACUAACGUGUCGAGUGGAACUCUGUACUCUGCCUCUACCACCUCUCGACCACACUCCCAGGGCCCCCCUCGCCGGUAUGUCUUGCCUGGAGAGGCCUCCUCAUCCCUCCCUCCCAUCAGGGACCUCGAACAGGAAGAGGAAAUGAGCAAUGUAGAUGAAGGAGAUGGUAAAGAUGAGGAGCACGAUGAGGAGGAGCGCGAUGUCGAGGUGCGCGAUGAUGAGGAGCAGGAGGAGGAGGAGGACGACGAUGAUUCAGAUGGGAGCGACAGUCCGAUCCCUGAUUCAAACGGGAAGAAGGACGACCCUGGCAAUGACCAGUCCGGCAAUCUCGGGGGUGGUGGUGAUGGGGCCAAUCCUGGCAUGGGCGGCGGUAUGGGGGGUGCUGCGAACACGACGAGUGGCCCUGGACCUGGUGACGGUGGUAGCAGUCAGCAGCAGGAGAGUAGUUCUGGCCAUGCCGGAGGCGCGGACCAACGUGACGUUGCUCGUGUGGGUGGCAAUGAUCUGCGUCUGGCGUUGGAGAUGGGACCUCGAAGACUUGGAAACGGCAAGACAUCCGAAGAGGAAAUCCUCAAAACCCCUAUUGUCGACAAUCAUUACUCUACAAGAGACGUUGAUGGUUGGCUAUCUUGGAUUCCGACUUUCACACCCUUCCCCCAUGACCUGCUUUCCGACAAGAAUGACAACACCCUUCUUGACAAGCCUCCCUCUUUUUCCAAAAGCAAAGGCAGCAACAACACAUCAGAGGACACGUCGUUGGGGAUGGGUGAAGUCGAGGAGUGGUUCGCAAGGAUGGCAGGUGGAGUAGGAUUCAAGCGCAAGGGUCAAAGUGCUACCGCGGACAUUGGGGAAGAUGUAGACUCUGGUACGAUGAAGGACGAGGGUGGGGCUCAGAAAGAGUGGGAAGACAGGCCCGAGAAGGUGGAAAGGCCCGAAAGCCCUUGCGCAAGCGAGAACGGAGCCGGCUCCGAUAUGCUGGCUUUCCACGACAUCCUCCUGAAGAGAAACAUCAAAUUUGUUCUCACGGAGAAGAGUUUGUUUAGGGCCAUAGUCGACAACAUCAAGGCUACGCCGAAAGUUUGAGUAGUGAGACUCUUUACCCAUUACUGUACGAAAGCUGUUUUCGCAUAUAUAACGAAGUUUCCUUACAUAUCACGAAGUUCCCUUACAUAUCUUACGAGAAUUGUUGUUCAUGGACAUGUAUACAUCCACUGUGAUUUCCAAA